AUGGUCGACAGAGCGCUCCUGCUCAUGCGCGGUCUGUGGACGUUGAAGUCCCCGGGGAAUACAUGGCGUUUGAGUAGCAUUCUGCAUUCUCUACCUCUUUCAUCGUAUUCAUCACCCAGCAUGCUUGGGCCCUUCACGCUGAGUGCGUUAGUAGGCCUGCUGCUGGCGUCUCAAGAGGCUUUUGCUGCCUGCAGUAGCUGGUCUAGCCGCUACCAGACCAACCUCAAGGGCGUCUGCGUCUGCAACGCCACUCAAUGCGACACCGUCUCGAAUGACUACAAGACACUGACUGCGGGACAAGUCGGCGUGUACACGUCGUCCAAGGCUGGCGACCGCUUCGCGUACAAGGUCGUCAAUGUCGACGCGACGGCUGCCAGUAACCCCACGUUCACGGUCGAUGUGUCUACGCAGUACCAGACGAUGGUGGGCUUUGGGGGCUCCUUCACGGAUGCAGCUGCUAUUAACGUGUACAAGCUGUCGUCCACGCUACAGCAGAUGGUACUGGACCAGUACUACUCGGACAAGGGGCUACAGUACUCUCUAGGACGCGUGACUAUCGGCUCCACGGACUUUUCGACGAGCAUCUACUCGUACAACGACAACCCGGGGGAUCUCGCGCAGGCCAAGUUCUCUAUCGACGUGGAUCGAACGUCGAACAAGAUUGACUUGAUCCAACGCGCUCUCCGCACGUCCACGCGUGAUGUCAAGCUGUACGCGUCUUCGUGGGCUCCUCCUGCCUGGAUGACGACAGAGAACACGACGAUCAACUGCGCAGUCAAGGGCAAACCCGGUGAGGCGUACUGGAAGUCGCUGGCUCUGUACUAUUCCAAGUUUUUCGACGCGUACAAGACGGAGGGCAUCGAGUUCUGGGCCAUGACGGUGCAGAACGAGCCCACCAAGUCCAUUCUCCAGACGUCGGCGUGGCAGUCGCUGCGGAUGUCUGCCGAGGUGCAACGUGACUUUGUCAAGCUGGAUCUGGGUCCCACUAUGGCCCAGAGCCACCCUGACCUCAAGAUCAUUGCAGGCGAUGACCAGAAGUCAGGCAUCUUGGACGAACUGGCGCCGUUCCAAGACCCAGAGUCGCUCCAGUACAUCAGCGGACUGGGCGUCCACUGGUACCGCAACUUGGACUUUUUCUUCUUCGGCAUCGGCGGAGACUUUGACAAACUCUUGACGUUCCAUAAUAAAUUCCCCAAUGUCUUCAUGCUCGCCACCGAGGCGUGCGAGGGAUUCCUUCCGAGCUGGUUAGGCACCGGCUCCGGUCCGUCUCUGAAGGACGAGGACAAGAGCUGGUCUCGUGCGGAGAAUUACGGCCGCGACAUCAUCGAGGACGUCAACAACUUUGUGGUCGGCUGGACCGACUGGAACUUGGCUCUGGAUACCGCGGGAGGCCCCAACUGGGCCGAGAACUUCGUGGACGCGCCCAUCCUGGUGGACGAAGAGGGCGGCGCCGAGUUCUACAAGCAGCCGAUGUUCUACGUCAUGGGCCACUUGUCCAAGUUCGUCCCUGCUGGCUCGCGUCGCGUCGACUUCCCCAAGUCCAAGACGCUCAGUAACUUCCCCCGCACGGCGUUUGUGACGCCAGACAAGAACGUGGUGCUGCAGUUCUUGAACCGCGAUAACUCGGACGUCACGGUCAGUGUCAAGCAGACUGACGCCAAGACCUUCACGCUCCAGCUGCCGGCGCACUCGAUGCAGACGGUCAUUCUCCCUGCCUCGAGCGCUACGAAGAUCCAGUCGUAA